AUGGCAACUGAAUCCACCAUCAGGCUCCUAGAGAGUCUCCAUUAUAUCUACCCAGCUCUUGUUUUCACUUACUUUAUGGUGUCUACUGUCAUAGCCGUGUGCACCUUGGAAACUUUGAAAGCGGCCGCCAACCCAAAAGACAAGAAGAUUCCCAAAACAGCCAUCGUGAAGGUUAUGUUAUUCAUCGUCUUGACUUACUUCUCGCAGCUCACCGCCGUCGUAGUCCGUUCGGUCUUGGAGAGAACGUGGCUCGGUCGGGACGAUGUUGUUGUCGGCUGGCUCUCUUGCUUCAUGGUGUUCGGGAUCCAAACCGCUUCCCUUGCCAAGACGGAGCACCCGGUGUGGUAUCCUCUCCACGGUUCAUGGCUUCUUUCUGUCGGGUUUGAGUUUGCCCUGGCCGUGCAAUAUUUCACCUACCCCCACAAGGAACUGUCCGGAUUUCCGAAAUUUGUAUACGGGGGAUUUUCGUCUUUCCGUGCUGUCUUGCUCGUCAUCUUGGCUGUUACCUACUACAUCCGCCGAGAUGGUUUUCAGUCACUUCCAGAUACGAGCGAUGAAGAACGCCAGGCCCUUCUUGGAGAAGACGCCCAGGAACAGGAACAGGAAGCCUCGAGCAAUGGGCACGCACCAAAUGGCCACGCACCGAAUGGCCACAAGCCGAACGGCCAAGCCCGAACCCAAGGCUACGGUUCCACAGAGGCGAAUGGAUCUGCGGCAAAGAAACGACCGGUAGAGCUACCCUUCGAGAGGAGAAUGCGUGAAGGAAGGGAGAGGUUGGAAAAGAGGCUUCAGGAAGAUGGAAACUGGUUUACUUACAUCAAGAAGUUUGCUAUUUUGUGGCCUUACAUCUGGCCAGUUGGCAACCGUGGAUUGCAGUUUCGCGCCGUCCUUGUCGGAAUCACCCUUCUCACCAAGAACGCCCUGAACCUGCUUAUUCCUCGUCAAAUGGGUAUCAUCAUGGACAUUCUCGGAGGCACCCGAGAAGGCAACCCCUGGAUCCAGGUCAUUUUAUUUGCUGCGCUGAAAUUCCUCGCCUCGGAUUCUGGUAUUGACUAUGUACGCCAACGUAUCUAUUUCCCUCUGGAGUACUUUUCCCGGGAUGCACUCAUUACUGCCGCCUACCGACACAUUCUCAACCUCUCCGCCGAUUUCCAUGACUCGCAAAGCACUUCAGACACUAUUUUGGCGAUUAGGGGUGGCGAGACGAUCUCAUCAAUGGUCGAUAAGUUGGCCUUCUCAGCGUUCCCGCGAGUUGUUGAUCUUGUCAUCGCCAUCAUAUACCUGUCGCUCAAGUUUGGACCUUACGAAGGCUUCAUUACCAUAUCUACCGCUAUUUGCUAUCUUCAUGUUGCCAGCAUCCUCGUUGACGGCAUGAAAGAAGCCCGCCGCGACCAGGUUGCCUCUUACUAUGAUAAGAACAGCCUUCUCCAGACGGGCGUCGAGGGCUGGCAUACUGUGACCGCGUUCAACCAGACAGGCUAUGAAGACAACCGACACGCAAAUGCCGUUCGUGUUUACACGGAAAAGACGAAAGUCCUCUACUUCAAGUGGUUCAGCAUCCACGCCCUCCAGUCGCUUGUGCUACUUGCUGGUCUUCUGUCGGGAGCCUUCCUUGCCGUCGCCCGCAUUCAGAGCGGGCAAGCUACGCCCGGAGACUUCACAAUGCUUCUGAUGUAUUGGGGUCAGCUGACGGGUCCUCUAAUGUUUUUCUCAUCCCUCGGAAAACAAGUCAGCAACGACCUCAUCCACGCCGAACGUUUGCUAGAUAUGAUGUACAGGAAACCGACAGUGACAAACAGAAAGGGAGCACGGCCAUUACAAUACACCGAAGGCAAGGUUGAGUUUGACAAUGUUUGCUUUACAUACGAUGAUAAGAAGAAUAUCAUCAAGGACCUUACCUUCACUGUUCCGGGGGGGCAAUGUGUCGCCUUUGUGGGAGCUACCGGAGCGGGGAAAUCGACUAUAUUGAAACUCCUCAGUCGUCUUUACGACGUCUCCAGUGGAUCCAUAAAGGUGGACGGCCAGGAUAUCCGGGAUAUUGACUUGGCUAGUCUACGUGGUCGGAUCGGAAGUGUCCCACAGAGCCCAGUACUGUUCAACGAUACCAUUUUGAACAACAUACGAUACGCUCGAAUCACGGCAUCAGAUGAAGAAAUUCAUGAAGCAUGCAAAGCCGCCUGGAUCCACGAUAAGAUCGAAUCGUUCACUGACGGAUAUGACACUCGUGUGGGUGAGCGAGGAAUAAAACUAUCAGGAGGCGAACUUCAGCGGGUAGCGAUUGCGAGAGCCAUGUUGAAAGAUCCAGACUUGGUUGUACUUGACGAAGCAACUAGCGCUGUUGACACUGAUACUGAGCACAAGAUACAACAAUCUCUUGCCAGACUCUGUGACGGGCGUACCACCUUUGUGGUGGCGCAUCGCCUUUCCACGAUUAUGAACGCCGACCGAAUCAUUGUCAUCGGUGACGGUACGAUUCUCGAGUCAGGCGACCACGAAACUCUCAUCCGGGCGGGAGGAAAGUAUGCCGACUUGUGGUCGAAGCAGGUUUUCUUGAAACCCAAAAAGAAUGACAAAGGCGCAUCGGAAUCAUCCACACCCUCGACUCUUAUCAAUGACUUGGAACCCGAAACAGCCGAGGCGGAACUUAGCAAGAUCCGUGAAGCAGUCGAGCGCGCCGCGAACAGACGGGGCAGCGUGUCGUCGGACAGUAGUCAGAAGGAUGAGGGUACCGAGACUUCUGGGGAGACCAAGUGCGAGCGACUGAAUCCGGUUGCCCCUGAGUUUACUCCUCGAUCCUCGAUGACGAGUCAGGCCGCACCUCACACCCCAAGUAUUAUCGCCUUCCCCACCCAUCUCGGCAUGCCGGUGCACUUUGGAACGGGAUCGCACAUGCGCCAGAACGGGCCCUUCCGCAUUGCUGAGCAACUCAAUGGCGAGGAGGACAGCCACAGGCUUCCGCGGUUUACACCCACUGAAGUCUUCCGGAUCGAACAGCCUGGCUGCUCUUCUCCUUCGACCACUCGACGGCAGCACUUUCCUAAACAAUCUUCUCGACACUUCGAUAUGCCCAGGCUUAUAAAAUCAUCACAGUCUACUACUCCUGCCAGCUCAUUGGCGGAUCGUGUUAGGAGCAAGGGGUCAAGCUCACGCCUUAGACGGGCGCAGGGAGAAUCGACCCCCGCCUCCAAUCAGAAAAAAGAAGUCAAAUUUGACGAUGACGAGCGGAAAAACAACUCAGCGAGUCUCGGCAUUGCGGCCUUCCACCGCCCUGAGUAUUCUCGGCGGGGUCAGUCGCGCAGCGAACCUGGUCUGAACACGACCGAUUCCGAUGAGGACCUGGACGGGCUGCCUGCGUGCGGCAUACGAGUAUGA